AUGCCGCAACAUCAUUGCGGUUCGAUGCACAUGGCUAUGGUUAACGCUCUGGCUUACCAUUGCUGUUGUCAGAACAAUCAGAAGUUGGCGAGGAAAGCUGGCUGGCCCGUCCCAACUCUCGUGGAUGAAAGUGUAACGGUUGCAAAUCCAUGUGGCAGGCCUCGUGAACCCUCAGAUGGUAGCUUCGUACUAUUGGCCGAUCGCGACCAGGCUCAUUUACCAAAUGUCAGUACCUGCGGUUCCUCUCCUAGUAAACAGGAUUUUCGUAGAAACGACCAGAUUGUACUCACUGAUGAUAUUCUCAAUGCGGGAGGUGGAAAUCGCGAGAAAGUAGCUGAAGCUCAGAAGCAAGCUCGAGUGAUUUCUGGGAAGGAAUUCGCCGAACGGAAAGCACGAGAGAAAGCCGCUCGGGAAAAGCAGCUGGAGGCGGAAGCGAAGAGGAAAGCAAACGCUCAGCAGAAAGCACAAAAAGUUGAACGGCGGCGACAUUGA